AGAGGGAUACCUAUAACGCUACGACACGAAGUACAGAACGAUAACACGCCUAUCAUGCCUCCGUCCUGACUAAGCCUUAACUCAGGGGGUGAGGUCAAGGCGCCCCGAUAACCCAACUUCCGUACCACAUCGUCAACAAGAAAAUAGAAGAGUUCGGUUCGCGCCUUCGUUCGUUGUGUCUGCAUUUAGAGCGAACAACCGGGAGAAGGAGGACUGAUCUGACUUUUCAGCAAUGUUACAGUCGAACCUGGAGGAAUACCUUCCCUACGUGGGAGGCGCAGCUGGAGCUCUCGUCCUGACCGGGGUCGCCGCGUACUAUGCUUCCCGUCCAACACCGGAGCGACCUCUCGUUCCUCUCGAUGCUCAGGCCAAGGUUCUUCCGGGUGCCGAGCUUGUCAGAGUGUCGAAAUUCUACAAGGACAGCAAGGAUGGCAAAUUCGUCAGCUACAUUCACGAGGACACAAGAACUCUCUACGACUCAUUCCGAAGGGGUGCUAAAGAGUCUAACAAUGGGCCAUGCCUUGGAUGGCACGAAGGAAAGAACAAACCUUAUCAAUGGCUGCACUACAACGAAACGUUGCUGCGCGCGAGGAAUUUGGGCUCAGGAUUAAUCGCUUGCGGCCUUAUUCCCGGACCUCAGACACUGAUAGGACUCUACAGUCAAAAUUGUCCCGAAUGGGUACUCACAGAGCAAGCAUGCUACAAUUACUCCCUGGUGGUCGUCCCUCUCUACGACACCUUGGGACCGGAUGCUUGCGCCUACAUAAUAAACCAGGCAGAGAUCACUUUGGUUAUUUGCGAGGAUGACAAGAAGUGCAACCUUCUGUUGGACAAAGCACCGAGGUGUCUUAGGAAGCUGGUCGUAAUGAAGGACAUCAGACCCGCCACGAAUCAGCGGGCGAAAAACAGAGGCGUUGAACUCCUGAGGUUCGACGAAGUCGAACGUCUCGGUUCCCAAAAGGACUACCCCGAAGUACCUCCUCGUCCAAGUGAUCUGUGCACCAUUUGUUACACAUCCGGGACGACGGGGAACCCUAAGGGUGUCAUGCUGACCCAUCAGAACGUAGUAGCCGGCGUCUGCGCGGUGCUCCUUCAAUUCGGGGACCACAGGCCCACCUCCAAGGACGUUAUGAUCAGUUUUCUUCCUCUGGCACAUAUGCUGGAACGAUGCUGCGAGAAUGGAAUGUACAUGGUGGGUGGCGCGGUGGGCUUUUACAGUGGAGACAUCAAACAUUUGACAGAGGAUAUGAAGGCUCUAAAACCGACGGUGAUGCCCGCCGUUCCCAGGCUACUCAAUCGAAUCUAUGACAAGGUAACAGCAGAACUUCAAGGCUCGUUUCUUAAACGGAUGUUAUUCAACAUGGCUUUGCGAGCGAAGGAGUCCGAAAUCAAGAAGAGCAUAGUAAGGAACAACAGUUUUUGGGACAAGGUCGUCUUCAAGAAAAUACAGGAUGGAAUGGGAGGGCGGCUCAGAUUGAUUAUGGUAGGCUCAGCACCCUUGUCGGGCAACGUUCUUACCUUUGCGAGAUGCGUUCUGGGGUGCCUGAUCGUCGAGGGUUACGGGCAGACCGAAUGCUGCGCUCCAAUCACCUUGACCGUCCAGGGUGACCACGUGCCGGAGCACGUGGGACCGCCGGUGGCCUGCUGUUGCGUAAAACUAGUCGACGUACCAGAUAUGGAGUAUUUCGCCGUUAGCAACCAGGGUGAAGUUUGCGUCAAGGGUACCAACGUCUUCGCCGGUUACUUCAAGGACCCCGAAAAAACGGCCGAGGUUAUCGACGAGCAAGGAUGGCAUCACACAGGAGACAUCGGCAUGUGGUUACCUAACGGCACGCUCAAGAUAAUCGACCGUAAAAAACAUAUCUUCAAAUUAUCACAAGGCGAGUACAUCGUUCCUGAAAAAAUAGAGAACAUAUACAUCCGAAGCCAGUACGUCCACCAAGUAUUUGUUCACGGUGAAUCGCUGAAGUCCUGCGUCGUGGCAAUUGUCGUGCCCGAUGUAGACGUCGUGAAAUGCUGGGCAUCUGAGAACAGAAUUCCCGGAACGUUGAGCGUCCUCUGCGCGAACCCAGAGGUAAAACGGCUUAUCCUCGACGAUAUGCAGGCCUGGGGAAGGGAAGGUGGCCUGAAAUCCUUUGAACAGGUAAAAGACAUUUACCUACAUCCAGAUCCAUUCUCAGUACAAAACGGCCUUUUGACACCAACGCUGAAAACGAAACGACCACAACUCAAAGCAUACUUCAAACCUCAACUGGAAGAUCUUUAUCAGCAUCUGGCUUGACCGGACUGACCCCGGGCCUUGAAUUAUUAAUUAACAAUUGAACCAACUCGCUCCGGAACGAUGAACCACGCCUUUUAGACCAAAAACGCUAUUGUCAACACUUGAUACACAUUUAUUAUAUCAUUUUCACCAAUACAUAGUCUUGAAAGAGGAAUACUAAAUAAGCUAUUAAGAUAUUGAUAAUAUUAUAAAUAAUAAAUCAGGUUAUUGUUAAA